AUGGAACUUCUUUCAUACACGAGCAACAACCUAGCCGAUUAUAGCGGGAGAGUUCGAGAAUUGCUGUUUCCAGCGGCCUUAAAAGUCUUUCCAGAGGCUGAGAAUUUUCUUUUAAUGUUACCGGAACUGAAUCAAAAUCAAAUUCAAGGUGGAGAAUACUAUCCGCUGGAAGUUGAGAGCUUCUCGACGCCUAACAGGUCCAUUACGAACCAGGAGUUUGAACACCUGACAACUACAGCGCUUGCUCAUUCACACCCCAUUCCGAUUGGGACAAAGCAAGAAUUCAGUGGAUUAAGUGAUAUUGAUCAGUCUGAAAGUAUUCAUUGUCAUACAAUGUCGAAUGAUGUUCUGACCGCUAGUUUUCUGCCAUUACAAGAAAUAAGUCAUCAAAGUUCUACUGUACCAUCACCUUUACAGUUGAAGAAAGGACUGUACCAGUAUAAUUUGGAACCAAGAUUGCAGGAUGUUGUUCAGAAGGAUCCAGCCCAUAAUGUUUCGGAAUUACUGUUUCAACCAACUGGUUAUUCUCAGUCGUUGCAACGUUCUCAACAAUCAUCAGACGAUUCUCAUCUUGAAAUGCCUUCCAUUUAUCAGUACGAGAGUCUGUAUGGUGUUCAGCAAUAUCCUGACGUGACCACGAUGGUUAACUCAAAUUCGAACAUAGUGGCUCCCAUGGUAGAAACAACUUUCAUCGACCAUAAAGUUUGCAGUAUUUGCGGGCGACGCAUCACUAGAGACAUGACCAGACACAUGAGGACUCACCAGCUUGUCAAGCGCUUUGUCUGCAAGUUUCCUAAAGAUUCUUGUCGGCAUAGGUCAGGCCAAUUCAAUCGCCGGUAUGAUUUUAAGAAGCACCUAUUAAAUAAUCAUUUCGUUUUCGAUGACCAGAAGGUGAAGAAAGUGCAUAAUUUGAAGGGGAAGCUUAACGAUUGGGGGACCUGUCACUGCGGGCAACGUUUUGUUUCUUCAGAUUGGCUUGAUAACCACAUAUUAACUAAAGACCCUACCCUCAAGUGUCCGAUAAUGUAUGAAUAG